AUGCCGCGCGAACUGCCCGAACUCAAGUCCCGAGUACCGCUCUACCUCGGUCUGGCGGUCGCCGCCGCCGCCGCAUGGGGCGCCUUCCUCAUCUACGCAACAAACGAAGAGCGCGCCAACUCGUCUGUCGUCCGAUCGCUCACGUUCCAGCUGCGUAAUUGGCCUGCGGUGAAGGAGUUCUUGGGUGAGAACGUCAAGAUUGAGCCGUUGGUGGGGGACUUUGUCAGGAUCAAGGGUUCGAUUAACAUGCUCGCGGGACGCAUCGACGUUCAGUUCCCCGUACGAGGAUCGAAGGCUCGCGGCACCGCAUCGUUCACCUCCAUCCGAAGAGGAAAGGGCGGUCAUUUUGAGGUGUUGCGGUGGAAGAUCACGAGGGAGGACGGAGCGGUGUUGGACUUGGCGGAGCUCGAUAUGACGAAGCCACUCGAGGGGUUGGACUUGUAG